GCAAAUGAAUAUGGAAGAGGCACCGGCACCGAUUCUUCUCUUUGGGGAGGCGGAAGGGAUGGUACAGAAUUUGCAGACCUUCUCAGUGCGAGAUAUUGCUUCUGGCGGAUGGUUUAAACAGCAUGAAUACAUUGAAAAGCUAAAUAUGCAAGCGAUCCUCAAUGCUUCAGCAGGGCAAGAGGAGAUGAUUAAGGAUCUGCUUGUGACACAUGGAAAGAUUCCAACUUUAAUCCAUGAACUGAUCAGUGUUGAGAUCUGGAAGCUUAAGGUGUUUCAUGUUCUGUGUCAGCUGCAAGACUUCCAGCCCAAGAGCACCUUUCCUCUCUAUAUGGUGAUACACCAUGAAGCAACUAUCAUUAACCUACUGGAGACCAUUUUUUUCCAUAAGGAAGUAUGUGAGUCUGCGGAAGACCUUACUCUGGAUUUGAUUGAUUACUGCUAUCGGAAACUGACUCUGCUGGCAUCACAAAGCUCUGACAGGAGAACACUCAGCCAGAAUAGACUUCUGCCCCACACUGCCAAUGAAGCAUCAUCGCUAGAGGAGCUUAAACAGCAGGCUGAAGCUUUGGAGUUUGACAUUGCAUUAAAAUGCCUGUCAGUUACGCGAUAUAUCAGUGAUCACAUUGACAGCCUUCCACUAAGUGUGAUGAAUCGGCUCCUCAACACUCACAACCUGCCUUGCCUGCUGGUGGAACUGUUGCAUCAAUCUCCGUGGACCCAGCGUGAAAAAGGCCAGCUCCAGAAGUAUGAAAGUGGCCGCUGGUACCCUGUACCUGCUGAGGACCAGUUAAAGAUGACCAAGUUGGAUGGUCAAGCCUGGAUAGCUUUAUACAACCUCCUGUUAAGGCCAGAGUGUCAGCAGAAAUAUAACAUCAACAGCUUCACCAAGGGGCAGCUACUAAAGCUUCGCUCCUUUCUCACUGAAGUUCUUCUGGACCAGUUGCCAAAUCUUGUAGAUCUGCAGCGUUUCUUAAGCCACUUGUCUGUGAGCGAGCCUGCCCCACCCAAAAAGGAAUUGAUCCUAGAGCAGGUACCUGAGGUUUGGGAUUCAAUCAUCAAUGAGAAUUCAGGGAAAUGGAAAGCAAUAGCCAAAUACCAGGUGAAGCAAGCAUUUUCUCCCAGUGAGGAAGACUUACGGUCUCAGGCCAAAAGAUGGGCACAGACUUAUAAUAUUGAUGUAAUGGAGGCACUUGUGCCAGAGAAACCAAAGUGUGGUUCAUGUGGGUCUGAAGCCUCCAAACGUUGUUCAAGAUGCCAGAGCGAGUGGUAUUGCAAGAGAGAGUGCCAGGUAAAACACUGGCAGAAGCACAAAAAGGCCUGUGAUAUGGUGAGCGAGGCUAUGAAGAACAUGCAGGAAGAGAUCCAGAAAGAUGCGUGAAGAAGAGGUGUCUAUCCUGAAAAUAUUAGAUCAAAGUGUUUAGACCCACUGAUCUUCCCACCCUCCAGUAAUAACCUAUAGGGCACUUUAUAGUUGCCCAUUGAGUAUUAUGUACUAAAUAUACUGCUGUGAUCUAUCCAGCACCCCUUGUCAGCUGAACAAUCCUAAUUAUUUAUUUUGUGCUACAGGUUUAUAGGGAAACAUCUGAAUCAGUAACAGCUGAAGAGAAGCAGACUGAGCACCUUUGUACAGUAUAAAAGCCAAUUUCAAAGCACCUCUAGUUGCUGUCCUGUUGCAGCUUACCAGUUAAAGGGGAAAUAUCGCAAAAAUUCUAAUUUAAUAUCAGCUUCAGCAUACGGAAAUAAGAUACUUUGUAAAUACAAUCAAUUAAAUAUUCUGCAUUGUUUUUUUAAAUAAUCCUGUUUAUGUUAACUAUUUAUAUCUCAGCAUCUGUUUCUCUUCAUUCUGUCUUCAUGGGGUAGGGGGCUUACUUUCCUAUAAGAUUAAUUAGAGCUCACUCAAAUAACAGAUUCCAGUACAAACAAAAUCUAACAAAAUAACUUCCUUUUGCACAAAUUCUGCAUGUAGAGAGACAUGAUGUCUGGUGAUUUUAAUAGAGUGAGCUCUAAUACAUGUUCUAGGCAGAAGGAGCCCCCCCUACAAGAUAUAUUGGAUCAUUCAUCUGACACCCAACUCCUGAAUAAAGACAGAAUAAGGAGAAACAGAUGCUGAGAGAGGAAUAGUGAAGAUAAACUUGAUUAUUCCAGAAACUAUGCUGAAUUUUUAAUUGAUUGUAUUUAAAAAGUUUCUUAUUUCGGUAUGCCGAAGCUUAUAUUAAAUUUUGUGAUAGUUCCCCUUUAAAUGGGACCCCCAGCCAUUGAUUAUGUACAUCUUAAGUCUCCAGGUUUUAUUCACUCAUUCUGUAGAGACUUGAUCAUUCUCACAAUUGAGGCCUAUGUCGCAAGGACAUUGCUAUGGACAUUUAAAUCUUUUAUAAACAUUAAAUACUGAACAUGU